CCUCGUUCCCAGGGCUUUUCCCAUUGAAAUUGGGAGGGGCGGGAAAAGACCCUGGCAUCGGCUGGUCACGUGAUUCCAAACACCCGAAAAUUCUGUGUGUAAUAAAUUACGAUGUGAUGAACGUGUGAAAUAAUUUUCAAGCAAGAUGGCGGAAUCGCGAGAUAACUUAUCGGUAAUCAGUCGCCUUGGAUUAGCUCUAAACCGAUGCAACUUUCCUUCUUUUUGCAUAAAGCCACUUCAGGUGAAGUGCUUCGAGUAUUUACUGAAUGGAAACGAUGUUAUUGCUGUUCUGCCUACUGGUUUCGGCAAAUCGCUCCUGUUUCAGCUUUUACCAAAUUUCUUGCCUGUAAAGGCAGACAAGAAUGUUGUCAUCAUUGUUUGUCCUCUGAACUCUAUUAUGGAGGAUCAACUUAAAGUGUUAGAAGAGAGAGGAGUCACUGCCGAUGUUCUGCAGCUGGCCAGUGAUGAUCGGGAGGGUAUCGAGAGUCUGUUCAAUCCAGAAGACAACGACAAAAGCGUGGACGUGUCAAAGCUAAAAAGUCCCUCCAAGAAUCUCCUCAGGGGAGAUGUACAGAUAGUAUUUGCCCAUCCAGAGUCCCUUUUAAGCAAAGAAGGACGAGAGCUGAUGAAAGGCGAAGUCUUCCAAAGAAAUGUGGCUGCAUGUGUAGUCGAUGAAGCUCACUGUGUUGAAAUUUGGUGAGGCUUACCAACUUCAGUGAUAAUUUUUAAGUGAUAAUUCUCAUAACUUAUCUGACAGUAAUUCAGUAUUUAAAAUUGGACAUUUUUAUAAGUACUUGUAGUCACCUUUAAGCAAUUUUAAAAUACCUGGCAUGUUAUUAAAAUAUGUCUCAAAGCCUAACAAAAGGAUCCAUUCCCAUUCAGUGGUAUGGAAAUUAGUGACUGGGUAAUCUACAAUGUAGCUAAAAUCAAAAAUAUCACUUUACUUGCUGUACACUGGAACCUGGAUGUCCUUGUAAUACAUGUAAGCUUUCAUGCAAGUGUUUGAGAAUGCAAUAAUAACCUUUGCUAACCCUAUCUGGCAACUAGCAAUUGUAAUUACAUAGCCUGCCUGGUUAUUUUUUUUGUAGUUCCAGGCUAUUGAGUGGACACCAGUUUUGUUGUCCCCUGACAAUAUAGAUGGCACUGCAACUUUUCUCACGUCAUCUAUAUUUUUUUGUUUAUUUUAGGGGUGAAGAAUUUAGAGCAGAUUUUAAGGACCUGUCUGCUUUAAAGGCCCUUUUCCCCACUGUGCCAAUCAUGGCCCUUACUGCAACUGCACCACCACAUUUGCUCACAAAUUUAAAACAGAGUUUGUCAUUGCAAAAAGGUUGUAAAGUUGUUGCUGCAAACCCAAACCGUUCAAACAUUUAUUAUGACAAGAAGAUGAGGAUGAGUAACCACCACGGGUAUGAAAGCUAUGACCGGAUUGUCAUCCCAAUUGCAAAAGAAUUGGCUCUGCAGAGGGAAAAGUAUCCCAUGACCAUCAUUUACUUGAAACUCAAGUACUGUGGUUAUGUGUAUGGCUUGUUUGAACAAAUCUUACAAGAUAAACAAUUUGUGGGCGACACAAAAGAUCCAGCUGCGAGGCUGUUUGCUCAGUUCCAUGCCCCUCAAACAAAACGAAUGAAAAAGAGCCUUAUCGCAGAAGUAAAAAAGGAAAAUUCAAGGGUAAGGGUGUUGUUUGCAACAUCAGCGCUUGGAAUGGGAGUUAAUAUACCUCAUGUGGAACAUGUUGUACACAUCACACCACCAAGCAACAUUGAGUCUUACAUGCAGGAGACUGGACGUGCUGGCAGGACAGGAGUCCCAUCUAAAGCCACGCUUUAUUACAAUAACUCUGACAUUGCCAAAAACAAGGAGCAUGUUCAAGAUCCAAUGAAGGAAUACUGCAAAUCCCAAACUACUUGUCUUCACAAACUCAUUUUGGAGUAUUUGGGGUUUCCAGGGGUUACUCAGGAGAGAUGUUGCUGUGUUUGCGAUGCAACAUGUACUAAUGUUGUGAACAAAUUACCCAGUAGAGUUAAACGUAAAGUGAGAGCCAUGCCAACUGAAAAUAAAGCUGUACUUGAAGAACUUAUUUUCAGUGUGCUGAAUGAGUUUGAGGCUGAUACAAGUGUGCCUGGUGAGAAUUUGUUCAUGCUCUUCAGUUUCUCCCAUGAAAAGAAUGUUCUUCCAAAGAUCAUGGAAGGAAUUGACUACAUUGCAAUUGAGACAGAAUCAGACCUUCUUGAUGAUUACAAAAUAUGGAAUGAGACCUGUUCAUCAACCACUAAUUGAAGAUAAUACCUGUGACACUUAUAAUGACUGAGCUUCUCACUUCCUUGAAACUGUUAACCUUUUUAUGAUGUAUGUUUUUCUUUACAUGUCCUUGUUGGCUAAAAUGUAACUGAAGAUUGAAUGAUCCUGCAAGUUUAUUUGGCCAAAAUCAGUUAAUUUAAUUAGUUACUGGCACAUUGUUUCUUUUACAUCUGACCUAGUUUGCUACUUGAUUCUAGGCUGUGCUCUAAGAAAAAAUAAAGGGAGUAACAGCUCUAGAUAACUUAUGUAAUACAGGGCUACUAGCAUCAAGUUUUGUUGAGAAACUAAGAUUUCAUUGUUGCCAAGGCAAACAGAAGUCACCAAGGGCUGCUUUAAAUACACAACCCUGUGUAUGGUCAUUUUUGUGCUUAUCUUGUUACCAUCAGAUCAACUCAAAUGAGCUAUUCAGGUAAUGUUUUAUGCCUUAAAAUCAAAAUGCAUACAGUCGAACCUCCUGUAAGCGACCACCUAAAAUGUCAAGCCUAGGUGGUCGCUUAAGGGAGGUGGUCGCUUACAAGAGCUUAGACCAUAUUGAGCCAAAAGUUUUCUUCAUUAGCAUAUGGUAACUGCAGAGAAUAACCUCAUGUUUUAAAAGUUUUAUUUAUGUAAAAAGUCACUUUUAAGAAAAAAUCCUUAUUUCCCAUUGAGACAUUUCCGUCUCUUUUACUGUCCAGGAAUGCAAUAAUGUUACAACACCUUUAUUAUCCAAUUUCUGCUCUGUUGUCUGUCAAAUGGUCGCUUACGAGAGGUUAAAAACUUUUAGCUCUAAAAGUGGUCGCGGUCGCUUACGAGAAGUGGUCGGAAAUGACUUGAAAAAUGACUUGGAAAUGUGUGGUAUUUUGGAAAACUGGUCG